AUGGCAACCCCGAGAAUCCACGAAGGCAAGCUUGCCAUCGUCACUGGCGCCGCACGAAGUAUCGGCGCCGCCAUUGCCACGAACCUGGCUGCGAAGGGCGCUCACGUCCUGAUCGGAUACCUGACUGAGGCUUCUGAUAAGCCAGCGGCAGAGCUUGCGCAGGAGCUGACCUCGAAGCAUAAUGUCAUCGCCGUGCCUUGCCGCGCCGACAUCAGCACCCCCGAGGGUGUGAAGACUCUCAUCGAGACGUGCAAGGAGAAGUUCCCGGCCAAUUCCAAGACUGGGAAGCUACAGAUUGAUAUCAUCAUUAACUCUGCGGCUGUCAUGCCCACCGGACCCGUCGAGGCUGUGACUCCAGAGGAGUUCCAUAAGACGUACGCGACUAAUGUCCUGGCUCCUAUCCUCCUAGUUGGCCAAGCGAAACCUUACCUCCCGACUGACCGCUCCGGUCGUAUUGUCAACAUCUCCAGCAUCGGGCAGAAGUGCGGCCUGCCUUACCUCACCCUCUACAGCGGCACCAAGGGCGCCCUCGAGGCCAUGACCAGGACGUGGGCCCGCGAGCUUGCAGAGCAGUGCACCGUCAACACGAUCAACCCGGGCUCGGUGCUCACCGACAUGUUCCGCAACUGCAGCGAGGACGUCCUGGCCGCCCAGGCGCUCUGGAGCCCUGUCAUCCCGCUGUCUGGUGCGCGCGAGUGGGACACGGACGAGGUCAAGGCCAUCGCCAAGAGGUGGGGAGGCCGGCCUGCGUACGUCGAGGAGAUCGCCGGUGUUGUCGCCAUUGUGUGCAACCCUGAGUCUGGCUGGAUGACGGGCAGCGUUGUCUCGGCCAACGGUGGACAGUGCUUCAGCACUUAG